AUGACGUAUUCGCCCGGCGUCAACCCUCGAGGCUGGGGGAGGAGGAAGCACGUCGGCUCUGCGACGUGCGUACGUGUGGUGCGCGAGGACGGUGGCGCGAGGUGUGUGGUGCUGGCUGCGUGGCCUCAGGCUUUCGCUGUCAACCCCCGCCCCCCCGCUUCCCGGUGCACGUGUGUGCCGGGCCCCGCUGCAGGACGAGGGCACCUGGGGGGCGGCUGCAAAGCCCGUGCUGCCGGAGGCGACAGUGAGGGCGAGCCUUGGAUUCGGGCCUCCGGGACCCGCACUCUCCAUUCCCAGAAACCUUCGCGCCGAGAGGUCUCUCUUCAGAGGAGUUGGGCCCGGGGCGCUCGGAGCUUGCGGGGCACCCCGCUUUGCAGGGCCUUCCCUGAAGCCCUGCUUUCCCUGCUCCUCCAACCCCGAUUCCUUUGCUUCUGGACAGGGAAGGAGACCUCGGGACGCCGUUGUGCAGCUUUGCUAAGCCUCCCCGCGCCGGGCUGGAGUGUGGGAGGAAGCAAGGCAGGCUGGAUCGAGGACCCGAGCACCGAGACGACCGCAGGAGCAUCUCCUCCCGCGGAGCUAUUCCAGGUUGGGUCUGGGGGCGAGGCCCAGUGCUGGUGGGUCGGAAACUCUCCCCCAGAGCCUACGUUUGGGCCCUUGAAACCGCUGCCAUCCUCCACUCCCGUGUCUCUGGCUGGGAUGGAAUUGAACCUGCGGUUUCUUAAUUUACCUUUUCCACUCUUUUCUUUCCCGAUAAUUUGA